AUGCCCGUUCCUCCGCCCAACGCGUACGCUCCUGGAACGAAGCUCACGGUGGGCCUGCACCAGAUCCAGAUCAUCCAGUACAUUCUGGCUGGAGGCUUUGCUCAUGUCUACACCUGUCACAUUCUGCCAGCGUUCCAAGGUCUGGAUAUCGCCUGCUUGAAACGGGUAGCAGUGCCUUCCAAGUGGCAGUUGACUUUACUCAGACAAGAGGUAGAUGCUAUGCGACGUUUGCGAGGGAACAAACACAUCGUCAGCUACAUAGACUCGCAUGCCCUGAGAAUGACAUCUAAUACGCCUAAUGCUAAUUCAGACCAACAGUAUGAGGUCUUCUUACUUAUGGAGUAUUGCCAGAACAAUGGCUUAAUUGACUUCAUGAAUACUCGUCUUGUGAACAAGCUUAAUGAGCGUGAGAUUGUGGAUAUUAUGUUUCAGGUUACUAUCGGCGUAGCCAUGUGUCACCACCUCCGGCCACCACUCAUUCAUAGAGACAUUAAGAUUGAGAAUGUGCUUAUUGAUGGAAAUGGAACUUAUAAAUUGUGCGAUUUCGGCUCUGCUGUCGGUUAUAUAGCUCCACCGAAACUGGCGCUGGAGCUACUGGUUUUACGUGAAGAUAUUAUGCAACACACUACGCCCCAAUACAGAGCUCCUGAGAUGAUAGACUUAUCCAAGGGGUUCCCCAUCGAUGAUAAGCUGGAUAUCUGGGCAUUGGGCUGUUUUUUGUAUAAGUUGUGCUACUACACGACUCCGUUCGAGCUGCCUAGCCAUUCUUCGUUGGAAGAUAUGGAGACUGCCAUUCUCAACAGCUCAACGACGUUGCGUUUCCGUGAUCUGCCAGGUCUGAUGUUUUCCGCACGAUUGAAAAAUGUCAUAAAAUGCUGUCUCCGUCCUGAUCCUCGUAGAAGACCAAACGCUGUACAGCUCUUGGGUGAAAUUGCUGUCAUGCGUGGAGACUCCAAAGCCCCUGACGUAGUUCCCUUCAGUGUGAAAGAACUGAUUCGUAAGUCUUCAAAGACAGAAGAAGUAAAUGCUGAAAACGUGGAUUCUGUGAAGAAAGCUCCUGUUUCUGUUCAGGUUCAAACAUCUCUUCUGAUAGCAGGAACGAAGACUCCCGAUCCGUUUGCUUCAAUAGAUAAAUCGAAGUUGCUUGGCUCGGCUGGAGCUGAGAUUCCUCGGUCGAAGUCUACCCAUAUUCGCGGGCCAUCAGCUGAUACCAAGACUCACAAUCUCAACAUAUACAAUGACGAAGUUGAUUUGUACAAACAUGCAAACAAGUCGACAUCUGCUUUGGUGAAUUAUGUCCAGAGCCAGUUGAGCGGUAACCAGAGCACUAACUUGGUUAGUGGAAGAAGAAGCUUGGAGUCUAGAAGUGAUAAUGAUACCCUCGACUUCUUACGCAAUAAAGAAGAAAAGAACCAUUCGCUCAAAAACUUCGCUAGAAACGACACUGGUGGUAGUAUUAAGUUGGCCAUUAGCCACUUAAGAAAAAUCAGCACAGGAGGCAGUAUCAAUGGUGUUCAGAGUCCAGCUCAUACGGGUGAAAAGCCCAGUAAGCGUAACAGUGUCAAAAAAAUCUUGACUGGCGGAAAGCUCCGCAAAUCCAGCUCUGAAGCUUCAAAAUCUGAUGAACAUGAUCAUUUGAGAAUUCCAGAAAGACCGUACCCAAAGCUCUCUAUCCAGAAGAGAAUGCAAAUGUUGAAGGGAUCCCUGGCUCCGGUGCGUAAACUGGCUGCAGGGUAUGGGAAAUACACUGACACCAGUGCUGCCGACGAUAUUGAAGCUAUAAAUGCCACGUUAUCUGCCAACAGCACAUCUUCUUCUGACAAGAUUGGGGGACCUCCGAAGGUCCCGUUAAGCUUAUCGUCUAGUAGAGACCAAAUAGUAGUAGACAAGAAACGGUUCUCUCAACCGAAGUACAAACCAUCCGGCAAGAAGGGACCUCCGCCUAAACCAAAGAAGCCGGUUCAUUUAAAGUCGCUGGAGACAAAGCAAAGACGAGGUAGCAACUCCAGCGACGUCUCCUUACCCGACGUAGACGAUCUUGAGAAGCAGUUCUCAAAACGAUUUCCCAGUUACGUUUAA